AUGAGAGUCAAGAAACCAACCUCUAAGAGGGUAACCACUCGUAUGAGAGAGGGUAUAAAGAAGAAAGCGGCAGCAAAGAGGAGAAAGGACAAAAAAAUAGCCAAGAAGGAUGUUACUUGGAAAUCGAGACACAGAAAAGAUCCCGGAAUUCCUGCAAGCUUCCCCUACAAAGAUCAAAUUGUGUCUGAGCUAGAGGAGAGUAGGCGUUUGGAAAAAGAGAGAAGGGAGGAACUCAAACUACAAAAGCAGAGAGAGAGAGAGGAGGCAUUGGCAAGGGGUGAAGAGGUUGAAGAUGAUGGCAUGGAGACCGAGGAUAUGGAUGAAGAUGACGACGGAGCAAAUGGGUUGGCUGCGUUAUUAGAGUCCGCGCAAUCAGCAGCUAAAGAGUACAAUGGUGAUGAAGAUGUUGAUGAGGAUAAUAUGAUUGAUUCAGACGAGGAUGUGGAGUAUGAGUUGAGCGACGUGGAGGACGAUCAAGAGGAGCAAACGGGCUUAGACAAGUCACGUAAAUCAUAUGACAAGAUCUUCAAAUCAGUCGUUGAAGCUUCCGAUGUUGUUUUAUACGUUCUUGAUGCAAGAGAUCCAGAAUCCACUCGAUCAAGAAAAGUAGAGCAAGCAGUUUUGCAGAAUCCUGGGAAGAGACUUAUUCUACUUUUGAACAAGGUUGACUUGAUACCCACUGAAGCUUUGAACCAAUGGCUCAACUUUUUGAACUCUUCAUUCCCAACUUUGCCCAUCAAGGCUAGUCCCGGUGCAACCAAUGCCACAUCGUUCAAUAAGAAGCUAACUGGAGCUAUAACGUCAGACUCAUUAAUGAAGGCGUUAAAAAGCUAUGCAAACAAGUCGAACUUGAAAAGAUCAAUCAUUGUGGGCGUCAUUGGAUACCCAAACGUUGGGAAAUCUUCGAUAAUCAACGCACUCACAAAGAGGCACAAUAACAACUCCAAAGCAUGCCCCGUUGGAAACCAAGCCGGUGUAACCACAUCAAUGAGGGAAGUUAAAAUUGACAACAAAUUGAAAAUCUUGGACUCUCCAGGAAUCGUUUUCCCAGAUGAGAUCAUGAACACCAAAAAGCAAUCGAAACAACAACAGAUGGCUAAGUUGGCAUUGUUGUCGGCCAUACCUCCUAAGCUGAUUACAGACCCCACUGGUGCAGUCAAGCUACUUUUGAAGAAGUUUUCACAAAAUACGGAAAUGGCUGAUGGAUUGAAAAGAUACUAUGAUUUACCUCCAUUGCCAUCGGCGGAUUUGGAGGAGUUUGUCAAACACUUUUUGAUCCAUAUUGCCAGAACCAAAGGAAGAUUAGGCAAGGGGGGUGUGCCCAACUUGGAGGCAGCAGCAAUGGCUGUACUCAAUGAUUGGAGAGAUGGUAGAAUAAUUGGUUGGACCUUACCAAAAGCAUCCAAACAGAGUGUUGCAGAGACGAAUAGCAACUUGGAAGGACCAAAGAGCUCUUUGCGUGGUGAGAAAGAGCCACCAAAAGUUGAGCAAACUACAGUUGUUACUUCCUGGGCAAAGGAAUUUGAUUUGGACGGUCUUUUGGGAGACAAUUUUGGUCUUGAGUAA